UUUCGAUAUUUCUGUUGAUAUGUCGAUUUUCUAGCUCAGGUUAGCUCGAGAUUAGAUCAAUCAACCAUCAAAAUUUCCAUUAGGAAUCUCCUCUCGAUUUGCCCGCCACAACCGCAGCUCAUUCAUCCUCCGCAAGAUAUUCCGAAAUAGAAUUUCCCACUCCAUGUCUUUUUAAAUACUCAACCAUUUACCCCACGCGAUAAUGGCCCAUUCCAAACGUAACACCUCCCUCCCACACUUUACUUCCUACGAGCGUGGCCUCCUCCGGUCGCAAUGGGGCACCCAACGCGGCGUCAUCGGCCGCGACUCUUUCCUUCCAUUCGCUUCUUGUCGCCUGUGUCUACACCCCGCUCGAGCACCCGUCGUCGCCUGCGCAACAAACGGUGAUAUAUUCUGUCGCGAAUGCGCCAUAAACGAUCUCCUCGCCCAACGACAGGAGAUCAAGCGACUCGAACGAGAACGGGAGGAGGCCAAGAAACGACUCGCAGAAGAAGAUGAGCGGACGUUGGAAGAGGCGCGUGAACGGGAGCUGCGCGAGUUUGAGCUCGUCAGUAUGGGAUUAGGGGUAGCAAAGAAUAAAUCCUCCGGUCAAGCGCAGAACGACAAUCAUAAAAAGCGGAAGGCUGAGGAGGCUACGGAGGCAUUGGCUGCGUUUAAGGCGAGGGAAAUCGAAGUGGACGGCAAGCGGAAGAAGGUGUUUGAGCUCGAUGAAAAGGAGAUGGCACGGGUUGCUCGGGAAGAGCAGGAGCGGCUCAAAGAGGAGCUAAAGAAGGAAAAGUCUGAAUCCAGCAAGUCUGCUCUGCCGUCAUUCUGGGUUCCCUCGCUCACUCCCAACACCGAUCCGAAUGAGAUUGCAGCCAACAAGGCCGUCAAAUUGACUCCUGUUUGCCCCGGGUCGACGGAUGAACACCGCCAUAGCUAUUCGCUCAAGUCGCUGGUCGACGUACAUUUCACCGAGGAAAAAGCAUCCGACGGUUCAAUGGCGCGGAUCUGUCCGAGCUGUAAGAAGACAUUAACAAAUGGGCUGAAGGCGAUGUUGACCAAACCUUGUGGCCAUGUUAUCUGUUCUCCUUGUGUGACCAAAUUUAUGACGCCGCACGAUGCCCCAGACCCACAUGCUACCAAAGAAGAACAAGAGCAGACAGCUGCGCUUCACGGGUUAAUUCUAUGCUACGUUUGCGAGGCCGAUAUCACACCUCGUGAUUCAACGGAGAAUGGAAAGGAAUCUGGAAAGAAAAAGAAGAAAGAUAAGGAGAUCAUUAAGCCCGGUCUAGUAGAGAUCAGUUCAGAAGGAACAGGGUUUGCAGGGCGUGGUGGAAACGUAGCGACCAAGACGGGCGUUGCAUUUCAAUGCUGAACUGGCUGCAUUCAACUGAUUGCAUGGAGUAUGGUGUAAUAGAUAGGGGGUAUCCUUUGUGACAUAGUUGGCACUGAUAGACCAUGCCGAAAAUUGGCAGACUGACGAUCUAUAUGGGGGUAAAAAGUAUUCAUAGG